AUGCCGACACAAUCUUGCGUCCAACCGCGCAACCGCUGGAGGUUCAGUUUGUUGUUCCUGCUAGUCGCGUCAAGUUCGGAAUCCUUUACUUUUCACGCGUACGCGUGGUUCAUUUCGGCUCCCAAAGCAGCCGACGAUUGGCAGCAGCUCUCGAAUCUCGUUGUGGAUACCUUCGAAGCACCAAUCACGCAGCAAUCGCCGUGGAUGGCGCAAAGUGCGUGGCAAAUAGUGGAACGGCAGCUGACGCGGCAGUAUACGUAUCGACACUACGUCUCGACAGCCCGCAAAAUGAAGGGCAAGAAGUACGGCAUGCUCGUUGCCAAGGAAUGGGGCAAGGUCAUUGGUAUGGUAGAAAUUGGAUUACAGUGGGAUGAAACACAUAGCAUGAAGAGACCCACCAUAGGGGUACUCUGUGUGGACGAACGGAGCCGGAACCGGGGAGUCGCCCAAGGUUUGCUGCUAAAGAGUGAAACAAUCGUGACCCAAGUCUGGAAGGAACCUACAAUCUAUGCCGAAGUGGAAAAGUCCAACGAGGGAGCGACCGGCUUUUUUCAGUCGCAAGGCUUUGCGUUGCACCAAGACAAUCCAGUCAUGGUGAGCUUACGGAGACGACGGAAGAUAGAACGACGACCACAUCUACUCUUCGCCAAGUCACUGUCGGUGCCAGCCACGUCCUCCCCCGAGACUGUGAACCCAUCGAUUCUAAUGUGA